AUGAUCUCCGGCCGCUCUGAAGCUCCCAUCCUGGCCCCUCUCCCCGACUCAACCACCGGCGUCCUCCCUGUUCUUCCGCCUGGAGUUGAGCUGCCCGAUCGCCAUCCUCGAAACAAUGCCGCAACAGCAGCUUCGGCGGCCGGAGUGCGGGCUCUCAGUGCGCAGGUCGUUGCCUUUUACUUCCGUGCCCCUGCGAAAUCCUUCUUCCGCACCCGAGUCGACUAUCUGGCUUAUGCCCGGACGAUUCACCAGCGGCAGACGAAGAAGCUGAUGCAGGCUGUUGCGGAAGAUGCGUCGCCGUCGAGGCUGGUUGCGGCUCUCCGACAGACAUGGCUAUGGAUGCGAAGCACGACGCCCGGCGUUUUGACGUCGGCGAUCCGGCACGAGGGCUGGGGCAUCGUGCCGCACCAAAUCAUGCCGCCGCUGAUUGCCAACAUUGGCGUCAACGCUGUGCUGUAUACGGGGUAUCUGCAGAUCCUAGGCCGUCUGCAUGAGGAGAGCUCCAAGGCCACCAAGAGAGUUUAUCCUCCACCGCCUCCCCAGGCUACCUUCAUGGCUGGAUUUCUCGCAGGUGGACUGCAGAGCGUUAUUGCGGCACCGUUGGACGCACUGCAGGCGCGUUAUGACCAUCGUGAUAUGAUGCCCAACGACGGCAGCGGGCGGCCUCGAAGCAUGUGGACGUUUAGUGCCGAGAAACUCAGGGAAAUCGGGCUGCGAGGCAUCUUUGCGGGAUGGGGGGUUUCUUUCUUAAAAGACAGCGUGGGAUGCGCAAUCUUUUUCAGCACGUUCGAGUACAUCAAGGCACAAUCGUAUUACCGCUUUGUGGCAUGGUACUACGGGGGUCUAGAAGAGGAAAUUAUAGAUCUUCUCGCGACGAAACGUCCCGCCGAUCGACCCAAAGAAGAGGGUAUUCAGCUCAUUCGACCACAUUACGCAAUAGAGCCCAUGUUUCUGCUUGGUGCGGGCAUCAGCGCCUCCUUUGCCCAGCAGCUUCUUCUCCAUCCUCUCACUCAUUUCCAAGUCAAGCACUGGGACCAUCUGGAAGAGUUAGACGACAAAGCCGCCCGCCUACGCGCUUCUCGGGCCGCCAACCCCGACCAACCUCAACGACGGUUCAGGAUGCUUCGGGCGUACUAUCAUGCAUACCAAGAGACGUUGGCGGUGUGCAAAGCUGAGGCAUCGGCAGAAGGCCUGAAGCUGGGCAAGUGGCUGUAUCGAGGAUUCUGGUGGAAUACCAUCCGGCAGGUACCGAGCACAAGUGCCGGCCUGAUCAUCUUUGAGCUCAUACGACGAAAGUAUGGGUUCGGCAUGGAAGAAGUGCGCAUCACCAGUGAUGGAUACGAUAUUUUGCUGCAUUAG